AUGCAAGUAUGGCGGGGCCCCAGCGCUCUCUAUGGCCUUCGCCGCCAUCACAGUUUGCCAAGCCCCCAUGCAGCUGCGGGGCGUUGGUCAACCGUCGUCCGAUCGCUUGGCCAGGGACUUGGAUUCAUCUCCGCAACCUCGCGACGGUUUCUGGCGGGACUGGCGGCGGCAUCGCCGUGGCCUCGGCCGAACUCCCGGGUGCUUCUGGGUAAUCGGCUGCCCAAGCAGCUCCCGUGGAUCCGUAUCCGAUCCAUCCAAGCCUCAAGCCGGUCGCAUCGUCUUCCGACAUCGCAUCGUCCUCCGAUCGAAAACGCCGAGUCGUUCGUGCCCACCCGGAAGCAGCUUCUGUCGGCCGUACCAAACUUUUGGCCACGUUUCCGGCUCCGGCUCCGGCUGUUCUUGAUGGGCCGGAUCCGACCUUGGAAAAUGGAUGACAUUCUGGCCAUGUUCUCGUGGAUCUUUGUCGGCAACACGGUCUUCAUCCUGGCCGGGACGACGACAUUUGUCUCCCUGUUUGUGUUUGCGAUCAACAGCCUGCAGUUCCAAGAGUACUUUGCCAAGAAGAUCAGCGACUACCUGACUCACGAGACAGGUUUCAACAUCACGUUUGAAUCGGCCAUCGCUCCAAACUGGCGCGACGGCACCCUUGGCCUCAAGAACGUCGAAGUGCUCUGCACCGGCGACAGCUACCUUGGCUUGGUGAACUCGCAAAGGAAAGAAAAGGGUCUCGGUCCAAUCACCCGCGACGAGAUGGAUCUCAACUGGACGUACUGGGACCUCACCAUCCGGAGCGUCGAUGUGACGCUGUCGCUCUGGCGCCUGAUCGAAGGACGAGGGCUCGUCAAGGAAUGUACGAUGAAGGGCGUCCGCGGCGUCGUAGAUCGACGGCACAUCUGGUGGGAUCCAAACUGGGUCCCGUCCUGUCGGGAGCCCCAGCCCAACGACUUUGAGCUCGACAAGUUUGUGAUCGAAGAUCUUUUGGUGACCGUCCACAAUCCAAACUUCCGGCCAUAUCAAAUCUCGGUCUUCAACGCAGAGCUUCCGCUGUUCCGCAAGCAGUGGCUGCUCUAUGACAUGUUCUGUGCCGACUCGAUCGUUGGUACCUUUGACAACUGUCUGUUCAGCGUCCACAAGCCGCAACAGCACGACGUGCCCGAGGAGGACGAACGCGGAGUCAAAUGGGCCAAGAUGUCCCAUUUGAAGAUGAAUGGCUUGCCCAUCGCGCACAUGAAUAUGGGUGCCACAGGUCCCUUUGGAUGGAUUACGAAUGGCACGGUCGACAUCGAUCUGCAUAUCCUGAUCCCGCAGCUCCUCGAAGACGACAUUGUAGAGCUUAUCCAGGAGGAGAUCAACGAGAUCAAGUCGCUUACCAUCGACAAGAUCGAGGAGGCGAUUCUGGUGUAUCCACACGAGCGUGAGGAAGACCUUCUGAUACGUCGCGGCCUGGUCCAACAGUCUGCUCCGCAGCCCAAGCAAAGCCCGGCAAUGGAAGAACCGGCGGAACCACCGUCGAUGCUGAUGUUCUGGGAAGUCAAGCUGAACGAUCUCAAGGCCUCGGUGCCGCUGUCGAGCCCACAUAUUUCCUACAUGAACAACGCCUUGAUCCGCCCGAUCGUCGCCUAUAUGAACAAUAACCGAACGACUGUGCCCAUUGCCUUCUCGGCCAAGAUGGAUCUGACAAAGUUCGACGGCGCUUGGGAUGUUUAUGCCGCUGGCAUGGUCGACGUUCUUGCUGAAGAGGUUGGCAAAGCCUUCACGGCGCUCGUCGAAAACGAGCACGAGCGCUCCCGGCGGAUACGACAGGUUGGCCUCUGGAGCAUCCAGAGCGUCACCAAGAAUCUGAUGACCGUUAUGGACUACGCCCGUGGCAUGAAGGGGUGGUCGGACUACAGCAACACCAACCCCUGGUACGCCGGCAAUCCUGUCCGGUACCUGUGA